CAAUUGCGAAUGUAAACAAACCAGCAUGGCCCAGUGCGUAGUUUGUACAUGCACCCACAUGUCAACGAGACGGAAAAACAACAAAGCGAACACGAUUUAACAGGAUUUUCGCGUAAAACGUGCCCCCAAAAUGGCAUCUGACGAUUACCAGGACUUCCGGGAGAUGGAAGAACGUUUAUAUGCCCAAAUUCAUCAUGAUCACCAGCGAAAUGCGGAGCCGGAGCGGCAUUUUCAGCAACCAGCACCGCGUUUCCCACACAAUUCGCAGCACCAAAAUCCCUCAAAUCGUCCCGAAACGACGCAAUUUCACAACCGCGGGCGAUAUUGGGCGAAUAAUGAAGAAAGUUACCAGCAGCAAAGCAACCAGAGACGUCCUUCGUUCGAGCGGCGUCGCGAUGACAGACGAGAUAAUCGCCCAUCCAGCGGCAAUUCGGGUGGCAACAGAAGAGAUUUCACUCCGAGAAACCGAUUUGACAAACAAGACAACAAUUUUAACGCAAAUCGAAGAACGCCGCCACGGAAUUUUACGAUUGGGAGAUACCAAACGGUGGCUGGCGGAGCAAAACAAUUCGAGAAACGAACGCAGUCGAAUAAUUUUCCGCUUCGGAAAAAGGGUCCCAUUAAGGGAGUGAAUCCUUUCAACGUGGCAAACCAGGAAAAAGUCCGUUUGGAGAACAAAAUACGCAUAAUGCAGAAGAAAAAGAAGGCUUUGCAACGAAUUCAGUCAAAUACGUCGAAUUUCAAAGUGCCUGAGCUGCCCUCAACAUCACGAGCGCAUCAAAAUUCCCGCGGAAAGCAACAAAAAAUAACACAAAAACCGCCGGCAGUCAAUACCAAAGUGAUAUUUGUCGACUCCUGCAGCGACAGCGAAUCCUUAGACGGCUCCCUGAUGGAAACGAAGGACAUAAAAACCGAAAAAAUUGACGACGACACGGAUUUGAAUGCAUCACAAGACGACGAUGUCAUAAUGAUUCCGACACCGGCACCAGAAGUUGUCAAUUUAGUCGAUUCCGACGAAGAUUCGCAAGACGUUCCGGCAAAAUCGAAGCCAAAAGAGCCGAGUUCGCGUUGUGUGAGUCCCUCGAACAGCAGCAUCUUAUCCGAUGACUUUAUCGGGCAAAGUGAUCGUUCCCGACUUCAAUCGGAAUUUCUUUUUGUCCUGCCCGAAGACGAAGAUGUACAAACAGCAACAAAUCCUGAGACCCCAAAUAAAUCCACGACUUCGGAGGACUCGAAUCACAGUGAUGACACAACUUUCCCGAUUGGCGCCUCGCAAAUGAUGCCAAAAACCGUCGGAGAUUUGGGAGGAUUCAUUCAUCGAGGAGCUGCCGUCGAAAAUUCCUUGGCUGACAAGUCGGCAGAUAAGUCGCAGCAAUUUGCGAAUGCCGAUGGUGACACAAGUGACGAAGAAGAGGAACAAGAAACGCCGCCGACGGUAGAUGACGAGCCAGAAAUCGUUGAAAAUGUCGAAGAAACGCCAAAUAACGAGGUGAUAGAGAUUCAAGAUGAUGAAAAUUUGUCGUCGCGGAAACGUACGUUGAGUAAUCGAUCGUCAGAGUGCGAUAUAAUGCUGAAUAUUUCGUCAAAACGACGUGAGAAAUCGGUUCCGCCGACGGAAGUUGCAACAAAUAGCAGUUUUGAGAAGGAAAUUCUGACGAUUCAAGUGGAUGAUGAGGAUGACAUGCCGGUGAAAUUGGAUCCGGAGAUUGGUUGGAAUGAUGAGAUGAAGCGAUAUUAUUACGAAAGUUGGGGCGGAGAGGGAUUUCAGCUUAGACGGAUACUUAGUGGGAUGUGUCCUGAUCGCAAAAAUUGGCGCAUCGACAUGUCCGAUCGUUAUCCGCCAGCACCCAUAAAGUUACGAAAUCGUUGCCGAAAUUGCCAAGAAUUCAGUCACAAAGUGCAAAAUUGUCCCCUGCCAAAGCGGAAAGUCGUUUGUCACAUGUGCGGCGAAACGGGACAUCGAGAACCGCGUUGCCCAAAUUCACUCUGCCUGACAUGCGGCACUCCGCAGAACCAAUUUAUGCGAUAUUGCCGACGUUGCAUCGACAAUCGACGAAAACGAUGCACUUUGUGUGGCGUACGGGGACACAUUUUCGCCCAAUGUCCCGACAAAUGGCGACGAUAUCAUAACACGAUCGAAGAUAACGUGCCUUUAGACGAGACCUACGUGGCAAAUCCGCAACUUUGGUGCAGCGUGUGUAGCAGUAACAAGCAUCAAGCGCACAAUUGUCUGCAAGCUGAGACAGAAAUGGGUCGUCCGUUGCCGCCAGUUAAGACAGUUUCCUACAAUCCGUGGUACAAACUCGACUUAAAUGCACCAAAAGUCGUAAAUACCACAGAUUUCAGCAUGAUGUCCUUCGCCAAAGACUUUUCCUUCAACUGGAGCUCGACCGUGACGGAAAAUGAGCAUGGCUUUUACAACAGAUUCCGCGAAAUGACCGGGCUAAUGGGCGAAAUAAUCACUCAGGAUGUCGAAAGUGAGCUGAAACGCGUUCGUCGUUCAAGUCGCCGCUCAGAAAAGUCCGAAGCCGAUGAGGAAAUCGAGAUGAGUCACAUCGCAGACUCGACAAUUGACCUGAAUGACAGUCAAGAAAGCGUUUCCGACGCAUCCGGCUUCAAUAAUUUCAGUUUCACGAAGGAAAUGGAAAAAAUUUCUGAACCAUUCCAGUUGAAUUUGGAAAAAAGAGAUCCCAGAUUGGAGCAAUUUGAGUCCAGGGACGAGCAAAAACGCGAAAUUAGUGAAAUGGCAUCGCGAAUCGGGGUGACAGAAGAGGAAAUUUUGAGUGCAAGAGGCGAAAAUCUCCCAAAUGAGACGCCAAACAUGGAAGAAUUGGAUUUUAUUCCGCUUGAAUCGACAUCCGAGGCGAAAAAUGACAACUCCGAGGGCAAUGACGUCAUUGAAAUGGUCGAAGAAAAAACAGAUGCGAAAGUUUUUCUCACCAAAGAGCACAGUAAAUACCUUUUAAACGAAGGAGAGUCAUUUUUGCACAAAGCUUCGCAGAAAUACGACCUCAAAUUGCGUGUCGUUUGGGAAAAUAUCGGAAAUAUGUUGCAAAUGCAUGGAUUGCCGUCGAAUCAAAACAUUUUCUACAACGAAUUGUUGGACUUUUUGAAGAAUGUGACGCUUGAGGAGCACAUUAAGAGUCGAAAUAACUCCUUUACCAUACCAAAAGUGAAGGAAAAGCUCAUAAAAUUCAUCGAGGAACACUUGCAACGCUUGAAAGGCGACAAAAAAUCGUUGCCACACUUGAAAGAUUUGAUCCGCAAGAUGAACAUCCAUCAGAAAAAUCAACAAUUCAAGUCGGCGGACAAGGUACGACGACAACUGAACGUCUUUUUACUGGGGAAAAAUGGAUUACGAGACGGAAAAAUGCAUUUGAUUGGCAUAAUCAAGCAAUAUCAAUCGCUGAAAGACAACAAACCCGGCUGUGAGAGUCCCGAAUUCCGAGAUUCGUUGAAAAAACACUUUUUGUACAUUUUUACGGCUUACGAUCACGAAAAUUACGAGAAAUUAUUGGAAGAUUAUGAGUCAUGUGUUCAAACAGGCAAAUGGCCGAUACCGUUGAAGGCCUUAUUUAACUUUACCAACAUGAUCCGGAUGGCAAAUGGUGAAAAUGUGAAUGCGCCACGCGAUAACGAGCAGCCAUCGACGUCGAAAGAGUCGAAAAAUCAAGUUAACGACAGUUUAUUAUUCUUCGAAGACAACAUCGGCGAUGGUUUUCAAGUCUUAUCGUCCAUCGAAGACGUUCAAGAUACCCCAAAUGUUACUGAAGAACCUUCAAAUGACCCUCAAACCCCUUCUCCUGAAGUCGUUGAGUCCCGUGAAACUCCCGAAAGUGACGAAAGUCCAGCAGAAACGCCACAAAUCCUCGAAAUCCCGGAUGAAAGUCCUCCAGAACCGGCUGAAAGUACCUCAGAAACUCCCGAUGAACCAAUUUUACCGCCAAAAACGCCCGAAAAAGCGAAUAAAUCGACGCCCUCUGCUACCUCGACGCCACAUGUGCCCAAAGAAACUCCCUCAAAGACGGUUGUAAAGCAAAAAUACUCGGAAGCCAGUCGCAAAAUCAUCUCCGAAGCCAUGAAUUUAUUCAAUUUAAUGAAUAAUCAAAAGGCAAUCUCAAAAUUACGCUUAGUGGAGCAAAAAGCAAAUCAGAAUCAGAUAACGGAAGAAGAUUAUCAGUCGUUGUUGCACAUCCAGAAGAUCGUGCAAAGCAAGAUGAGCACCGAAAAGUCAUGAUUUAAGAAAUUUUAAGCAGUUUUGUACAUAACUUUAACUUAAAAUCGCGUAAUAAAUGCAAUUUAUUACUUUUUUU